CCCUUCUGCUCGCAUCGUACCUCAAACCCUCUCAGCAGUUCCUCCCGGAACAAGAUACAUACAUACCAUGCUUGGCCCCAUCGCCCUUGGCGUUCGCGCCUUCCAAUUUCUCUUCGCCGUCGUCGUCCUUGGCCUCUCAGUGACUCUCCUGAAGGCGCAAAAGUAUGGUAACUCGCCCGUCACGACGCGAUACAGCGUCUUCACGGGCGCGUUCGGCAUGAUCGUCGCGGCCGUGGGCGCCGUGGGCAUCUUCUUCGAGGCGCUCCCGGCCCUCGUGCCCAUGGCCCUGGACGCCCUGGCGGGGAUCCUCCUGGCGGCCGGGGGGAUCGCGUGGGCCAUCGGCCUCAAGGGCAUCUCGUGCAAGCUCGAGGACUCGGAGAAGAUGCUCAAGAACGCGCUGCUCAACGGCGGCUGCGUCAAGGCCAAGGACGGGUCGCAGUACUGCGGCGUCGCCGACGGGGCAAAGGACGUGAUGGACGUCGCGAAUAACCUCAAGGCCACCUGCCAGAAGGCGUUCGUGGGGGAGAUCUUCCAGUUCCUGGCGUUUGCACUGGCGGCUAUCCUCAUCGCCUUGGGGUGGUUUAUCAGGCGUCGGGGUGGCUCCUCGAAGCCGCGGUUCGUUACGUGAUCGCGCAGCGCGCUGAGACUCUUGCGUGAGGUGGCAAUAUGAAUGGAGAAAUAAGAGUGAGGGGGAAGUCUGCUCUUCGGCGAAUCAUAAUUGGGAAUGUUCAUUUUGAUGAUGUGUGAUACCUGUCUCUUGCCUGCAGAGACGUCGGUUGGAUGGUAAUGAAGCACGGCUUUGAUAUCAGGCCAUUUUUGGUCUUUUCUGCACGACAAACGUACGAGAAUGAUACCCUGGUAGGGGACCGUGUAAUCUGGAGAGUGAAGCUUAUACUUACCUUCCUCAAGUCAGAUAAAUUGAUAGCUACCCACCUAUACCUAGAUAGAUAUAAAUAUUGUUGUCUCGGAAAGAGCAUUUGCUUCUCCAGGGACCAGCCGAGCACGCUCUCGACCGGACUGG